AUGAAGGAGGCAACAAGAAAUCUGUGUGCACACAUUAACGAACAAGCUGACAAUCAAGGCGAGGAAGAUAUUUAUGAACCCCAACAACCUGAUGAAGAUUGUGGAAUCGACUUUGAAGUCCCUCAACCAACAUUAGCAGUAGUAAGGUGUACUUUGGAUCAUCCUAGGAAGGAUACUGAGGAUUGGCGUAGGACUUCCAUUUUCCACACUUAUAUCAACUCUGGAGAUAAAGAUUGUAAGCCUGAGAAGCAUCCUGUGCCAUACAGAGUAGCAUGGAUUGACAAUACAUCUUCUAUCCCUGUUACCCAACGGUGUCACAUUCCUAUACAGUUUUCAUCUUACAAAGAUCAUGUUUGGUGUGAUGUGGUGGAUAUGGAUGUGAGUCAUAUUCUCUUGGGAAGACCAUGGAUCUACGAUUACAAUGUUACCAUCUUGGGUCAAGAAAAUAUAUGUUCGUUCAUCUAUAAAGGAAAGAAGAUCACAAUGAAGCCACUUCAACCCAAGCUCAUGAAUCAAUCCAUACCAAACAAAGAGAAGCAAGACAAAGUAGGUAAAGCCAAAGCUCUACAUAUCAUUACGCUUAAAUAA